CUUCCCACCAGUGUGUUAGUAGAAAUCUGCGCCAACUUGGACACCCCCGCCUUGCUCAGCCUCUGCUUGAGCUGCAAACUCUUGUACCUCCCUGCUGCCAUCGAGUUGUACCGAAAGAUCGUUGUUUGUGACGAUGCCGGCCAUGUCCAAACCGUUAAAGCAUGCACCAGCCAUGCUGCCAGAAACUUGGGCACAUUGAUAUGCUCCUCUAAGCUCCAAGCCCUUGUUUCGGUGGCCCUAGCAAACGACAAGAUUGCCAGCAUCCUCAGAAACAUCUGCUUGUUGGGAAAUUCCGCUGCUGUGCACCAGAACCUGUUGGGCCAAUUGCUCCUAAAACUGGAGAUCCAUACCUUGGUCGUCCCCAAACUGACCAUUGACCUUGGUUUUGUCCCAGUAUCAGUCAGAACGUUGCACAUUGCCGUGGAAAACGUUCCUUCGAUCCACCUAUACCUCCCCAAUCUCCAGCAGCUCAGAGUGAGCUACUCGAAUCAGCCCCAGGCUGGCACCCAUUUUACCCACUUGGCAGUAGCCCUUGGUGCCACUGGAAGCUUGUCCAACCUUAAGACUCUCCAGUUCUCGGAAACUAUGGAGGAAGACGAUAACUUGGGUUUACUCAACUCGCUCAACAACUUGAACAUCGCACAAGCUAAGCCAGAACCACCCUGGCUCCAGUUUUUCUUGACUUUGACGGGUGAAUUGCAACUAGAAUUGACUUCUUUGAGCCUUGAUGGCUACAUUGGAAAUAAUGGUUGCAAACUCGUGCAAAUAUUGGCAACAUUGUUGCAGCCCGAGCGAUUGGAAAAGUUGGAACUACACCUAAAAGAACUGACACAUCCAAACAGUCCCCACGAUCCCAACAGCGAGCCCACCACCUUCAUGUCCCAGUUCACUCGGCUCACACCCAACUUGAGGUCCUUGGGGAGCAAUCCCACCUAUGACUGUCUCUUCUGCCAGUUCGAAGCAUUGAUCCAGAGUCUCACAAACUUGCAAGGCAAGCUCUGGGAUCUACACCUUUCAAUGGAGUCGCUAAGCAUCGAAUAUAUUUCCAAGAUUGACUUUUGCAUAAUCACGCAACAGCCUAAUAUCAAAAACCUACGAGUGGUAGAUAAGUCCCGUCAAGUGAAUGAUCAGAACACCUUGCUCAAAUGCAUGAGCGGAAACAAGGAGCGCUUUAGCUACUACGAGUACGGACUUUUCUACGGAAGCUGGGUGAGAGAUACGUUUUUCAGUGACGUUUUUCUUUACGACUUGAGCAGUCUUUCGAGCAGUGUCAACAGAGUUACCAACGACUACAUGGUCCAGUUUAUCGAGUCAGCCUACCACAAUGGCUUGAACGAAUUCAUGAAGUACUACCUCAACAUUGGCUACAGCCCUUUCAUCGUCAGCGGUUUUGACUUGGUGAAAAAGUUGGCUCGAUUGGAAUAUUUGGAGACCGUGGGGGUGGGACUAGUCUUAGGGCAUGGAGGACGCUGGCGUGACGUGUAUUAUGACUGCAAUGGGGAGCAC